UAUUUAUUUUUUCAAUCAAUAUUCAACCGAAAGUUGGAAUUACUUUUGCGACAGUAAGAAUUUUGAUAUAUACUGCAAGAACUUGAAUUUCUUAUAUUAAUUUAAUUUUUUAUAAAAUCAUGAGACUUACCAAAGUUAUCUGAUUGAUACUUGGAUAUUUUCUGUUAAUUUUAUCUGGAUUUUUGAUCUUUUUGUAAGAGCUGUCCGUUAACUAAGACAGGUUUGGGGUAAUUUAACUUGUUAAGAAUUUUGUCACAGUUUGUGUCAUUACCUCGUGUUGAGUUGCAAUAAUAUAUAAUCAAGAAAAAAUUGCCAUGAAUUUUUUUACUUUAAGCUUAAUUUUUUGAGAGAGGAGUAUCUGGUAUUAUCUUGAAUUAUUGUCGUUUGAUACUAGAAUGCUUAUAGAUGAAAUUGAGUUCUGUUCAUGAUUAUUAUCCUUAUUUGCUGUUUUCUUUGCAUCUCAAUACCGGAAAGGGUCGAGUAGAUUUUUUUUUGAUUUGAAAUAAGUAUCUGGUGCCACUUCAAAUGCCAUCAUCUGUUUCUCCCCCGUGGCAAGAGAAGGCUAGUGAUUUCUUUCAAUCAUCAGGUGUGAAGCUUAAAGAAGCAGGGGGAGCUGCUGGAACUUUUGUGGGGGAGGUUGCGAAGGAUGCAAAAGGAAAUGUUGCUGAUGUGGCAGGGAAAGUUGGGUCAGUAGUCAAGAGCCGGUGGACGCUUCUUCAACAGCCAUCUACCAGACAUGCCAUGCAGGAAAGGCUUAUUUCUGCAGCUGCAAGUACCAGCAUUUUUUUACGGAGGGGAAUUUCAGAGACGAAAGAGAAGGUUGUUGUCGGGAAGAUAAAAGUUGAAGAGGUAGCCAAGAAGACUGCACAAAAAAGCAAGAUUCUCCUUACUGAUAUUGAGCGAUGGCAAAAAGGAGUUGCAAGCACUGAUGUAUUUGGAGUCCCAAUUGAGAUUACUGUCCAGCGCCAAGAGUCCACAAGGCCAGUUCCUUUUAUAUUGGUGAAGUGUGCAGAUCAUCUCGUAUUAUCAGGACUGAACUCACAAGAGUUGUUCAAGGCCCCAGGAGACAAAAAGGUGAUUCGGCAGUUAGUUUCCUUGUACAAUCAAGAACCAAAUGCAUCGCUCCCAGAGGGUGUAAAUCCAGUUGAUGUUGCAGCUCUUAUGAAGUGUUACAUUGCAAGCCUUCCUGAGCCGUUAACAACCUUUGAGUUAUAUAAUGAAAUCAGAAAUGCUCGCUCUAGCAUACACCUGAUGAGAAAUAUACUGAAGAGGCUUCCAACUGUCAACUACAUGACUCUGGAAUUAGUUACCGCCCUUCUACUCCGUACUAGUCAGAAGUCUCUUCUUAACAAGAUGGAUGCCCAGAGCCUUGCUGUGGAAAUGGCCCCUAUCAUCAUGUGGCAGAAGGGACGGAGGUUAGAACUCUACAAACAGUUUUGGAGUCGUCCAUCAAAACUUGAUUCUAAGACAAAUGUUGAUUUUGCCUCCAACUAUAAUACAUGGGACAUGCUUGCAGAAGAAGGUGAAAAUACAGACAGAUCUUCCUCUAUUCCUUUGGAUGAUGAAUUGCCAGUUGAUUUGGGUGCUAUUGAAGCCAUACAGUGCUUGAUCCAACACCACAACGCGAUUUUCACAGAUGCAAAUGAAACAGUUUGGAGAUAAUUUGGGAUAGACACAUUCCAAAUAGUGCACAGAUCAUUAGAUUCGACCAUGUGCAAUAACAUGUUGAAAUUGAUAAUCUGAAUAUUCAUAAAUCCAACAGCAGAUGUUUUACUCGAGCAAUGGGAGAGUCUGUUUGUGUGUUGUCAUGUAAAUUUUUGCAGAGAAUAAAAGAUUUUAAUUUUCAUC